AUGUCCGCUAAGCUGUUAGACCCUUUGAAAUCUCUCGUCGAUAUCAUAUCCACUCAGACUGCGGUCCUGCAGUCUGCAUACUCCAAGAACAAUACCGAGGCUCCUUCUCUGGACACUACAUUUCAGCCUAGCUUAUUAGAAAUUGAUCCCAGCGUCAUAGCAGCCCGGCAUCUCAUAGUAGCAGCUGCUACACAACUAAUCGCCACGAUUCAGUCACCGGUCGAGUUUCUGCAAAGCCAUGCGGGCAGGAUCUAUGAUACAGUCACUCUUGGAUUCGUGAUCGAUGUCAAUAUUCCCGAAAUUUUGAAAGAGGCAGGAACACAGGGCCUUCACGUCCGCCAAAUUUCUUCCAUCACAGGCGUGGAAUCGUCAUACCUCGCUCGUGUUUUACGCUACUUGGCCACCCGCCACAUCUUCAAGGAGGUAUCACCCGAUGUGUUCGCCCAUAAUCGUCCAUCUUCAAUGUUGACCAAGGCCAAAUCCCUUAAGGCAAUCGAAGAAGAUCCCAUCGGCCGAUUUGACAAUGCUGCCAUUCCUGCUUUUCUACAUAUAGUUACCCAUUUCUCCACCUCAUUGGACAGGUCAGACGAACUUCUCAACUCCUCGGUUCCGUUCACAUCUUUCGUCAAGAAUCCUGGACAAGCUUCGGCUCCGUUCAACAUUGCUUACAAGACAUCCAAAAAGAUGUGGGAGUGGAUGGAGGAACCGGGAAACGAACUGUCUGAGCGUAAAAUCACAGCGGCGAUGAAGGACACCGGUGACGCAAUGUACCCGCCGGAGAUAUUUACGUCUGGUAUUGAUGGUGACGCCCUGAAGAUAAAUGAUGUCGUCGUCGAUGUUGGUGGAGGCUCUGGCUUAGUAACUUUGGCCCUUAAGAAAGCCUAUCCGAAGUUGCGCUACGUUAUACAGGACCUUGAACCAACGAUUGCGGCUGCAGGAAAGGUCUGGGAUGAAAAGGAUCCGGAGGCAGUGAAAAUAGGGCAGGUCCAGCUGCAAGUACAUAACUUUUUCACACCCCAGCCUAUCAAGGAUGCCGCCGUGUAUUUCCUCCGCCUCAUUAUUCACGACUGGCCAGAUGAAGAUGCCAGGAAGAUCCUCACCUGUCUUCGCUCCGCUGCCGGCUCUCACUCAAAAUUGAUCCUUUUCGAAAUGCUAGCGAAACACGUCACUGAAGGUCUUGGUUCUGGCCCAAGUGCUCCGUAUCCUCUGUUACCAAAUUUCGGUGCCGUUGGAGCAGGCUUUUUCACGACUCUUGAUAUGGCACUACUCACCAUGUACAAUGGCAAGGAGAGAACGUUGGAGGAGUACACACAACUGGGGAGGGAGAACGGAUGGAAGUUGGAGGAAGUAAAGCCCGGGAAGCUGACUGCAUUCGUGUUCACCCCAAUUUAA